UGGGCUUGUCGGGUUAGUCUGUGCGUCAGGGCAUAGGUCAGCAGGGUCAGAUGAUACAGCAGAAAGAGAGCUGACUGAGUCAGAGGCACAGUUACAAGUCAUAGACUGCUUCCUGCAGCUCUUGUGCCGGCCCAAUGUGAUGGGGGCAUUCCUACAGAGGGUCUCUGGAAAACCCACAAAUAAGAAAACGAUUGCCCUUAACCAAGGCCUGGAUUGUUAAAUAACUUGCCCAUGAUUUCACAGUUAGGACGUGACGAAGUUACAAAUAGAUCCUGGUUCUAAAACCACAGGGUCAGUCUGCAGUGUGUGCCAGGGGAGGGGUGCCAGGCACAGGCUUCACGGUGGGAGUGUGAGCAAAGGAUCUGGAGAAGUAGGUAAAGAAUGAAAACCAGCCUGGCCCAUGAUACCCUUGACAGAGACAGACGGCUUCCAAAACUACCCUACUGAGUGGACACACAGCGAGCUUGCUUAUUGCCUUUGACUCUUUGAGCCUUCCAGAGAACGGCUGGGCAGAGGUUCCAAGAAAAGCAAUGUUUCCCCUUGUUGCAUUCCCGGGGCUGUCAGAGACUCUCCCUGUCAGAAACUCUCCCUGGCAUGUCUGAAAUCCAAGUGCUCCGGGAGUUUGCAGAAACUCUAGGUCUCCACUUCAUUGUUUGCCUUGCUUCGGAACCACCAGGUUGUGGUGAGCCAUGUCAGUACUAGGCUAAAGCUCAGCUACAAGCACAGGCAAUUCAUCCCCCUCCUAGAACAAGGAGACAUUCUGGCUCUGCCGCGCGACUUGAGCUCGCCUGGUUGGCGGCUUGCACCUGCUCUCCUGCCUCCUUUGACUGUGCGUUAAGGGUGGAGCCCGCGCCGCACUGUGGGGCUGUCUUCCGCGCCAAGGGGAAGAGGGCUGGGCGCGGGGGCAGCUAACGCGCUGCCCACCACGUUACGGGAGCGAAGCUUGUCAGAACCCCAGCGUCACGGUCACUGCUGUGCGGCCCAAUAGGCGGAGGCGCCCGUUGGCAGCCUGGUGGCUGCAGCCUGGAGAGACAGAAAAGUGCCGAAACCGCCCCACGCUCCAGCUGGGGCUGCUACACGCAGUGCCGGGCGGUGCAGGGCUCCCUGGCCACCAGAGACAGCCCCACGCGCUCUGCUCUGCGCAGACGCCCCGGAACGCCAGCAGCACCGCUGCUCACUGGAGGGCCAGCAGAGGAGCCUGCAGGAUGCUCCCUUACUUCUUGCUGCUUUUCCUCCUCCCUUCUGUGUGCGCCACCGAGCCCCCUGCGGGCCGGCCGGAGGAACAGAGCCUGGAGGCGGCCCUUGCCAACACCUCACAUUUCUUUUGGAACAACUAUUCGUUCUCCGACUGGCAGAACUUUGUGGGCCGGAGGCGCUAUGGAGCAGAGUCCCAGAACCCCACCGUGAAAGCCCUGCUCAUCGUGGCUUACUCCUUCAUCAUCGUUUUCUCGCUCUUUGGCAACGUGCUGGUGUGCCAUGUCAUCUUCAAGAACCAGCGGAUGCACUCAGCCACCAGCCUCUUCAUCGUCAACCUGGCCGUCGCUGACAUCCUCAUCACACUGCUCAACACCCCCUUCACUCUGGUACGCUUUGUGAACAGCACGUGGGUAUUCGGGAAGGGCAUGUGCCACGUCAGCCGCUUCGCCCAGUACUGCUCCCUGCACGUCUCCGCUCUCACGCUCACGGCCAUCGCCGUGGACCGCCACCAGGUCAUUAUGCAUCCGUUAAAACCCCGGAUCUCAAUCACAAAGGGUGUCAUCUACAUCGCUGUCAUCUGGACCAUGGCAACAUUCUUUUCACUCCCACACGCUAUCUGCCAGAAAUUAUUUACCUUCAAAUACAGCGAGGAUGUUGUGCGCUCCCUAUGCCUGCCAGACUUCCCUGAGCCAGCUGACCUCUUCUGGAAGUACCUGGACUUGGCCACCUUCAUCCUGCUUUACAUCCUGCCUCUCCUCAUCAUCUCUGUGGCCUACGCUCGUGUGGCCAAGAAGCUGUGGCUGUGCAACACGAUUGGCGAUGUGACCACGGAGCAGUACCUCGCGCUGCGGCGCAAGAAGAAGACUACGAUCAAGAUGCUGGUGCUAGUGGUGGUCCUUUUUGCCCUCUGCUGGUUCCCCCUCAACUGCUACGUCCUCCUCCUGUCCAGCAAGAUCAUCCGCACCAACAAUGCCCUCUACUUCGCCUUCCACUGGUUUGCCAUGAGCAGCACCUGCUACAACCCUUUCAUAUACUGCUGGCUGAAUGAGAAUUUCAGAGUGGAGCUAAAGGCCUUACUGAGCAUGUGCCAACGAGUACCCAAACCUCAGGAGGACAGGCCGCCCUCCCCAGUGCCUGCCUUCCGAGUGGCCUGGACAGAGAAGAGCCAUGGCCGGAGGGCUCCACUGGCCCAAUCCCAGCUGCAGUCUGGGAAGACAGACCUGUCAUCGGUGGAACCCAUUGUUGCCAUGAGUUAGAGGGUGUUGCAAAGAGGGCCAGGGAGGAUCUGUCUCUGACUGAGGCUCUGCAAAGCUUGCUUUCUCAUGCCAUCUUCACAGUUCUGCAAUCAAGUUUCCACGGAACUGUAGGACUCUUAUGUGCCUCAGAAAUCACCCGGAACAGUAAAGACAGCUGUCAACUAAUGUGUGUUUAUCAGUUCCUUUGUGAAAGGCAUAGCGCCCUGGAGCCUCAAGCCAGAGUACUGGGGGAAGCCGAGUGGGUUAGCCACCUGCUCACAUCAGCCAGCUGCUGUGCAUGCCAGCGUGCCUCAGCGCACAUCCCUGAGUCCUGCUUCAGAUGUGGCUGCCCCAGAUGCACAGGGCUCUCCUGGGUGCAGGCGCACCUGGCAGGGAGAUGCCAGCAGGGAGGCUUUGAUGUCUUACUUUGUGAACUCAUUGGACCAGGAUGAAUCACUUCGUUAGAGGCCUCGACCCUAUGUGGGACAAGAAAAGACAAGUUGGGGCUCCUUAAAGGAAAGAGAAAUGAUGAUUGCCACUUUGAAAAAUUCAGAAAAGCACCCCAUUAUUGACCUGUUUGUCACAACUUCUGUUACAGAUUUACUUGUAGCUGUGUGUAUGUGCGUGUGUUUAUAAAGUACAUUUUUCCAUUUAGAUUCUGUGGAUCAGCUAGAAACAGAUGCAGAGCAGAGUCUGAGCUCACUUCCAAGGGUUGAAGAACAGGUAAGAGAGGAACCUAAAGAGAAGACUCGGGGCAUUGGCAAAACUGGCCCCAUCUUGGCAUCCGCUCUGGGCAGGGUCUGGCUUAGCUCUCUCUCCAGCCUGUGGCCACUGGGAUGAGCCAGGGAAGAAGACUCAAUGGGAAGACAUAAUUCGUUGUCUCCUACAAAUGUGCAGAUGGUAGAAUGUUGUUCUUUCACAGCAGGUGAUGGAGCAGGCUCCCAAACACGCUGGACAUAAUUGUGCAUAGGCACCUCAUCUCACACGCUGUGUAGAUAGGCCAUUUUACUGCAUCAUCUCCAUAAUAGUUUUCUCUCACUGGUUCCUGAAGGAAGACUUGCUGUAAAUGUCACCAAGGCAGUUCACCUGUUACUGAGAGAAACCUAGGGGACCCUUGAGGCACCUUCUUCCUUUGGGGGGUUUACUUGCCCUUGUCCCAGCUCUAGUCUGGUGAGACAGACCUGUCAGCUAGGGAACCCAUUGUGGCAGUGAGUUACAGGGUGUUGGGAAGAGACUGGGGGAAGAUCUGUCUUUAGAUUCUAUGCCACAGAGCAAAUGUCUUCAUUGCCUUCUGUCUGGUCCUCGGGAGGAAGAUGUGUCAGGUGGAAUCAAGCUUGAUUCACCAACCCCGAGCAAUGGCUGCUGCCGUGCUGGUUUUGAAUUACCUUCCAGCCCUAGGUCAGUCCUGACAGUAAGGUCUGGCUAUACAGGUGAAGGGAAACAGAUGUGGGAGAGAAGUCAUUUGUCACUUUGCUCUCGUGGCUGUUCAUUGAGACUGGACAUGGUUACAUCACCUGCCUCUGUAUAAAGAACCAUGAGUAUCUGUAUAUGAGAGUGUUUGAAAUUUCUUAGAUUGCCAUAUUUUAGAACAUUUGCUGACCAAGUUUAUAAAGUGACUUUUGGGAGGCUGAGUGGUCUCACUGCCUUUGUGAUAUCUGGAACCAACUAGCAGUUCUACGUCCCACAGCCAUGGACGUUGGUGGACAGGAUGGGACCAGGCAGCAGGAUGCAGAGCCCCUUGGUCUGGGGCUCCCCAGGAAAGUGUCAUUCUCUCUGUUCCUAGGCCAUCCCGAGACACUGCCGAGGCACAGAGCACCCUCAACUCCAGGCUCCUGUCAGAGCCCUGGCAGCUGUCUUCCCCACAUUCAUUGUGUGCUGCAGAACAAAAUGUGAUUUGUAACUGUGAAGGUGAAAUUCAUAAAUCUUGAGUUUUUCCAAUGUGCUGUGAAAAGUACUUUAUUGUGAAUUGUUGCUA